AACCAUUAGGCUCGAAAAUUCUCUCAGAGAAGGAAAAUUAAAUAGUGCUAUAAUAUUAGUUUAGGAAUUUAAAUCAAGAUGUCGCUGUUAGGCAGAAUGAAGGAGACAUAUGACUAUAUUUUUUAUGAUCUUUGUGAUCCAAGGACCAGAGAUUGGUCUCCAUCUCCUGUAGUGGUAUAUACAAUCAUUCCAUUCUAUUUAUAUUUCUGCAACAAAUUGGGCCCACAACUUAUGAAAGAUCAAAAGCCGUUCAAGUUAAAAAGGCUCAUCAUGAUUUAUAAUAUAUUCCAAAUAAUUGCCAGCGGUUACAUAGUUUAUUUGGGCCUAUACAGUGGUUGGUUUUCUACAUACAGUUGGACGUGCCAGCCUGUAGAUGAGACUGACAACCCUACAUCUCGAACGAUGCACAAAGCGUUCUGGACCUACACCGUUGUUAAGUUUAUCGACAUGCUUGACACAGUUUUCUUCGUUUUAAGAAAAAAAGACAGGCAAAUAUCUUUCCUGCAUCUUUUCCACCAUUCUAUGAUGCCCCUUGCAUCGUAUAUUGGACUCAAAUACUACCCCAAUGGCCACGCAACUCUGCUUGGCCUCAUAAACAGUUUUGUCCACGUAGUGAUGUAUACUUACUACCUCAUCGCAGGACUUGGUCCUAAGUACCAGAAAUAUAUCUGGUGGAAAAAGCACCUCACUACUAUGCAGUUGGUCCAGUUCGCCACAAUCUUCCUUCACAACCUGUCUGCUCUAUACGAAAACUGCGGCUAUCCAAGAUGGAUCUCCACUAUCCUCUGUGUUCAUAGUCUACAAUUCCUUUACAUGUUCGGCAAUUUCUACUACGUGUCUUAUGUUAAAGAAAAUAAAUCAAAUUCCAACGGAAAUCUCAAAAAUGGCACAAGUAAAGUCAAAGCUAAUUAAUAACUAAACUGAUUUAGACUAAUUUUAAGACUAACUAGUCCUACACAUCGAUUUAAUGUGAAGCUAAGUUGUGAUCAGAUGUGAUUCAUAGUUGAUUUAAGAUGAUUGGACUGCCUGAGUUUGUAGGCUACCUAUAUUUUGAAGCACUACUAUAUAGCUGAAGUUGUAAAAUAUUGCAGAGUAUACAUUAGUAUACUCUGCAAUAUUUUAUAAUACAUAUUAAUAUCACAGUAUCACUACAUAGUAUAGAACAAAGUCGCUAUCCACCGUCUGU